AUGCGCCAAUGCGUAAGUGAGGCUAUGGAACUCGUGUUGGCCUACACAAUGACUUGCAGGGGCCAGGCGGUAAUCAAUCUGGAAGUAAUCGUCAUGCGAUCUUCAUUCGUGAUCAUCAUCGUCAUUCUUGCGAUACAAGUUGAACGUUGUGAAGCAUUUUUCGGUUGGAUAUCAAAUGCAUGGAAUGCGGCAACGAAAUGGGCUUCGAACGCUGCUCGUGAUGCAGUUAAAUGGGUAAAAGAUACGUAUGAUGGAGUACAGAAGAAAAUUGACGAGAUGUUUGCACCUCUAAAAAGAUUCGGUGAAGAAGGAUGGAGUUGUGGUGCGGAUAGCGUUUGGAUCACGAAGGUGAUGGCAAAAAUUUCAACGAUUAUGCUCUGUAAGGGCUUAGUAAAAGAUAUCAAUGAAGCCUGCGUACAUCAUGACCAGUGCUACUUAGAGAAAAAAGAAACCCGGAUUACUUGUGACAUGCUUUUUUGCGAAAAAUUGGCUGCGAUUAAAAAAAGAGUUCCAACGUUUAGUCUUUGUGUACAACCGGAUCAUUUUUGUUUGUCUGUUUUGUACGGAGGAGUUGCUGUUUAUUAA